GGAUUCUUUGGAUUAUGGAUUCCUGCCUUGCUUCAUGUCUGCUAUUUGCAAUUUAGAGGCUGUGUUGUCGUUCCAGAGUUCAGCACUGCACUGGAUUUUCUCCAGCUUCCAAUCCUGGGCUGAGGAGAACAGCAGCAUUAGGCACCAACUAAAGCUCCAGGCAGGUUCGUCUCUUUCCCAUUCACCGUCCUGUUGCUACAGACAUGAAGUGGGAAAACAAAGUGGUCCUCCUCUGUGUGUGGUCGGUCUACAUCACAUCACUGGUGGUGGACCCGGUCGUGGGGAAACGCUUCCUUCUGAUCAACCAGGUUUGGAGGAGACGCAGGGAGACGAUGAGUGUGCCGACCUCAAUAACACGACGUGGAACAGGUACCGGCAGCAGAGGGACAAACUGCAGGUCCAGUACCUGCUGCUGACCAGGACAAACAUGGACUGUGCACAAAUGUUCGACCAGGAGUCUCUCACCGGGCAGCCGUCCUAUUUCAACGCCUCCCGUCCCACCAAGGUCAUCGUCCACGGAUACAGAGCCAUGGGCAGUAAGCCGUCCUGGGUGAAGGAGCUGGCCCAGGCCCUGCUCAGGGCACAGGACGCCAACGUGCUGAUGGUGGACUGGGUCUACGGCGCCUCCUUCGCCUACAACCUGGUGGUGGAGAACUACAAGGAGGUGGCGGUGCAGAUCUCCGUCCUCAUCAACCAGCUGCAGGAGCACGGAUGCACGCUGGAGUCCAUCCACUUCAUCGGGAUCAGUCUCGGGGCGCACGUCGCUGGUUUUGUGGGGACUCUGUUCGAGGGGAAGAUCGGAAGAAUCACAGGCCUGGAUCCUGCUGGACCCAUGUUUAAAGGAGCAGACAUCUCUGAUCGGCUGGACCCGUCUGACGCUCAGUUUGUUGAUGCCAUCCACACGGACUCUGACUAUUUUGGCAUCUCCAUCCCUGUGGGUCACGUGGACUUCUUCCUGAACGGAGGGAAGGAUCAGGCGGGAUGUGCCCGCUCCAGGUUCGCCUCAAUUCUUAUCUACUCUCCAGUGUACGGUUAUGUGAUAUGUGACCAUAUGAGGGCGCUGCACGUCUACAUGAGUGCAUUGAAUGGCUCCUGCCCGAUGAGGGGGAUCCCGUGCUUCAACUAUGAGGACUUCCAGAGGGGACAGUGUGUGGACUGUGAUGUCUUCAAGGGGACGUGUCCAACUAUAGGUUUAUCAGACAACAAUGGGAUAGCCAUAUCUCCAAUCCCCAAAGAGCAGAAGCUAUUCCUUCUCACGACCUCGUCACCACCUUUCUGCACUCAUCACAUGCUGCUGGAGCUGGAAGUUUCUCCGCUGGAUAAAAGCGCUGAGGUGGAAGUGACUCUGAGGACCGGGAGCCAGAGAACAGAGCAGAGGUUCAGGCUUCAGACGUCUACGACUGCGUACCGCACAGUGAUGGCUCAUCCCGUGGCUCUGUGUGAGAUCCACUCCAUCCAGCUGAAGAACACCGGCACUUGGCUCUACCGGCAGGGAGACAUCCACUUCAAGUCCGUCUGUCUGUCCCAGUUCCCCUCUGUCAGACGAGAGGAUCCGUUGUGCGUGAACAACAUCCACGUCAGACGAGGAGUUCCGUGGUCUCAUGACUUUGUGCAGGUUUGUGACUGACGGAAGAGAGAAAUCUUCUCAACUGGAAGAAACUCAGUUGAUCUACGCUGAAGUCAGACAUCGGUGGCAACAUGACGUCACGAUCACCAUCUUGAAAAUGAGAUUUAAAUCUCCACUCUGAAAAACCACACGCUGUUCUGGAUCUACUCUACCACAGUGUCAAAAUGUAAACUAGUCCGACUGUUCGGCUCAUCCACUGAUUCACAUGGUGCCUGAGCCUGAAAUGUUUAUUUCUGAUUCUGUUUCUGGUUAUUUAACUUUGCCCAUUCCUUUCUGUUGAGGUGUUUUUUUUCUUUUCCUGCUGUUGUAUCUUUAGUGAUUCUGUCAAUAAACAGAAGAAUAAGUG